CUCUUCUAGUCAUUUACACUCUUCAAUAUCCUCUCUCCUAGCCAUUUACGCUUUCAAUAACCCGUUUAAUUCCUUCCGAAGGUUGAUCACCAGAAACAAUAAAACAGUUCACCCGUUUUCGCUUCAAAUCGGCAGAUUUCUCGCUUCCCGCUUCUUCAUAUGUUGGCAAUCAAGUCAUUCAUUCCAUCUGUUUGUUUCAAAUGAAAAUUGAGCGAUUUACAUACCAUGAAUCUGCGAUUUCCACGUACAAUAAGCAUCAAAAUCUUCGAUUUCAGCUUUAUAAUCAUAUUGCUUCCGCAAAUCCGGUCUUCUGAAGCUUAUACUUAUAGUAGCAAUAUUCCAUGACACCGCCGGAGGUCAAUCACUAAUUACUACUUAUGACGCCGAUAUCGAUGACAUGAUACGUGAUCGAGUUAAGUCUGCCUGAAACAAUCGUGGAAAUUAUUCACACGAAUAAUUUGAUUCCAGAAUAGCACGACCUUCAUAGGAGUACAAUGGAUGACGAUUUUGAAUAUGAAGAGUGCUCACAUAAAGGUGUGAGGGGCGAUAAGGCUAGAUGUCAACCAGCGGCUAUGAUUCUCCAUGUAUUCCGCGGCCUCUUCUUAGUCGUUUGGUCUGUGGAAACAUCAAACCUGUGUAUGGUGACGGACGAACAUUUUUUUGGUGUUGGAUUACCAUUAAUUUCUUUGAAGUUGCAAUUACAUACUUUUAUCUGUAAAUAUUGAGAUUCUGUGUAUACUUUGUCACACAUGAAGUUGGCUGUAUAGAUGAGAAAGGUGAUCACAGAUUAAAAGGAAUCUGUUUGUGUUCAUGCCAUUCAAUGAAUCUAUAAACAUGUAUAAUUAUAUACUAUACUUAUCGUAUAUGUAUAGUAUGAUUACUAUAAUUAUUUGUAAAUUAUUAUAAUAUAAACUGCCAUUGCUAUACUGUACGCAAUAUACUAUAUAAGUUUGAAUAGCUUAAAAAAUGUAUUUCAUACCUUGAUCAAGUAUCUCUUUGAUCCCUCUUUUGCGAUUGAUUAUUGUUGAUUUUGUGAGCUUCUUCAUUUUAAAAUUGGCAAUUACAUUACCUGUCAAAGUAUCAUUAAAAGAAAUGUACUUAGUAUAUGUUGUUUGUAUGUGGCAUAUAACCCUAUCUACUUUGUUGAACCUUAUAUGCACUUACAUGCUCAUUUGUAUUGUUUUGCAUACCUUGAUGAAGUAUCUAUGUGGUUGCAUACAGCUUUUCCUUUGCAAAACAUGUUUAUGAUUGAUGAACUAUCUGUGUAUAUACCUUGAUGAACUAUCAGUGUGAUGAAACCUACAUUAUGUGACAUGCAUCUCACACUGAAAAAAAGUUUCAUUACAUUACAUAACCUCAGAUUGCAUACUGCAUUUGUUUUGCAAAACAUGUUUAUCAGUGUAUGAUCAUUAAGAAUGUAAUCAGAUAUGUAUUCUGCAUUGAUGAACUAUUUCUCUAUGUACCUUGAUGAACUAUCUGUUUCAUGAAGCCUACAUUCUGUAACAUGCAUCUAACAUGAUACGAAAAAGUUACAUUACAUUACAUGAGCUCAGAUUGCAUACAUCAUUUUCUUUGCAAAACAUGUUUAUUAGUCUACAUUGAUGAAGUUUCUAUGUAUAUACCUUGAUGAACUAUCUGUCUAAUGAAGACUACAUUAUUUAACAUUUAUCUGACAUGGUACAAAAACUUACAUUACAUGAUAUCACCUCAUUCAACAUACACCGUUUACUUUGAAAAUAUUGUUUGUCACUUUGUGAUCAUUAAGAAUGCAUGUCUACAGUGGAGUAGACAUACUUAUGAACCUUAACAAUUUAUGCAUACUUUUGUUGUAAUGAUUUCAAAAUCAAUUUUACCCUCUUAUUCGUGCAUUUCAGAACAUUUUACUUGACAUUAAGGAGUAUCAUACUUACAAUGGUUACUUGUAUUAUGGCUUAUUACAUGUGUCUGCCAGAUUCCCUGCCAGCCACAUGAUAGGCACUAGUUGUUAGUGCCUAAGUAUACAUUUUUAUUAUUGUUUGUAAUGUUUAUUUACUAGUUUUGUGCAAGUUUACAGUUGUUAGUUUGCAUUUGAUUGUAAUCGUAUUUCUAGCAUUUUAUUGUUUGUUGUAAGUUGUAGUUAGUUUGGCUAUAAGUUUAGGAUAGGUUUGGAAGCCAAAAGGAUGAAGAAACCUGAGUUUUGUGCAAAACCCGGUCGGGUAUGGACUUUACUCGGCCGGGUAUGAAGUGACAAAGGAAACUGCUGCAAAACUAGCAAAUACCCGGUCGGGUAUUCCAUAUACCCGGUCGGGUAUGAAGUGAUUUCGGACCAAAGAACGUGCAGAAGACACAAAAACAUGGGAAAAUAUUUGAUUUGGUAAAUACCCGGUCGGGUAUGUCAAAAUACCCAGCCGGGUAUCCGGCAUUAGGUGUUGAAAACACCUAUAAAUAACCCCAUUUUCCUUCACUUUUCAUCAUCCUUUCUUCCAUACUCUUUAGCUCAAUUUCGAAUAGCAUUUCUUUAUAUUUUUCUAGCUAUGUUUAGUCUCCAAAUGAGGAGCUAAACCUCCAUUCUUGGUUUUGCUCUUGAAGCUUGUUGAUUAUUAAAGUUGUGAGUUAUUUUCUUAACUUCUUCUCUUGAUUAUUAUUUCUUCCCUUAAUCUCAUUCUAUAUUAAUGUUGGUGGGUUGCUAAGUGACGAUUAGUUGACGUUCCGACAUUAAUUACUACUAGAAACGAUCAACGAACCGAUGGUUAAUCGUUGGUGGUUUCACAAGUAAGUAACUUCGGUUUAUUAAUGCACGGUCGUGGUUAAUAGACUUAAGAGGGAUCAAUUUUGUUGGUUAAACCGAAACCGUUGUGUUAAGGUUAUCAAUCUCAAUUGAUUUCAUCAAGGAGUUAAAAAGAUUGAAUGCUAUAAGUGUUUAGUAUUGAAUUUAUUUUGACGCACCGUGACAAAGUGCUCGUCAAAUUUGGCGCCAUUGCCGAGGAAAGGCAAUUACUUUUCUUUUUGUUUUAUCUCAUAAAAAUAAAAAACAAAAUAUAUAUAUAUAUAUAUAUAUAUAUAUAUAUAUAUAUUUAUAUAUAAAAAAAAUCUUGCUCUUCUAUUUUCUGAGCUUACAUGAGUUAUGAGUAUAUGGAUACCAACACUUCAUCCUUGGAGAGUCAAAUUUCCUUCUUGACUUCUCUAAUAAAGGAAUCUAUCUUUAACUCAAAAGCUCAAGAUGUCAAAACAUGCAACAUUUGCAUGUCUCACUGGCAUCUUACGGACUUCUGCCCAAAGCUCCAAGAAGAAUACCUUGCACAAAUUGAUGAUGUACCUCACAUGAGGUAUGAUCCAUUCUCCAACUCUAAUAUGUCCACAGAGGACAUGGUUCGGGCUCUUACUAACAGUGUGACCGCCAUGCAACAAAACAUGGUGCAAUUCCAAAAUGAGAACAAGUCUAGCAUUAUGAACUUGGAAACUCAAAUGAGUCAAAUAGCCGGAGUCGUGAGUAGGCUUGAAGCAAAGGAUUCAGAAAAACCUCCUUCUCAACUAGAAUGUGAUCCUAAACAGCAAACUUUUGCAAUCACAUUGACAAAUGAAGAGGAAAUGCAAAAGGAGAUCCAGAAUCCAAAAGAAGUAGAGGAAGAAAAAGACACGGAGCUCCAACUGGUCAAAGAAGAGGAUAAUCUGAGCUUCAAGGUUAAAUAUCUAUCUUUGUCAUCUUUUGAGGUACCCCCAUCAAUUCUAAUUUUUUUAGGGAAACUCAUAAACUUAGAAAGGACAAUGACAUUUCUGAAAUCCUCUUCAAAAUUGAGGGAUCGAAAAACUUUUCAUUGACCAUAGUAAACGAUAAUUUCUUCCCUUUCCUCCCACCGCAUGAAUCAAUGACAAUUUGGAUAUUUGAUCAUGGAAAGAUUACCAAAUUGAAUAGUCGAGAAGUUGGGCACUCCUAUGAACGUCCUAGGAGUGAAAGUGUGAAAAAGAUAAACUAUCAUGAUCCAAGUUUGAAUGACUGAACACAAUGAUGGCGUCAUGCCGUGACGUUAAAUAAGGCGCUUCUUGGGAGGCAACCCAAGCAAGGUACGUUUACUUGUUUUAUUUUAUCUUUACACCUUUAAAAAAAACUGGGAGGAAAAACCCGCCCGGGUAUAUCCCACACCCGGUCGGGUAACAGCACAAAAGGAUUAUACCCGGGCAACACAACCACCGGGUAAAAAAAAAGCUGAAAAAAAUCAAAAAAUAGCCUAAUACCCGACCGGGUAUUACAAAAACCCGACCGGGUUUUUGGCCAAAACAGCCACUGCCAAGCGAAAAACAGCAUACCCAUUCGGGUAUUACUAAAACCCGGCCGGGUAAUCGGGAUUUCAGUCCGAUUUGGCCCCAAAUCAGCCCACAAAACACCCAUUCUCUUCCCUAAUCUCCCAAACUCAAAUCCUCAACCUCCAUUGACAAUCAUCCACACUUCAAACCACUCCAAUCUCAACCAAAACAUCCAAAUUAACCCCACAUUCUUCUUAUCCACAUCAUCCUCUCCAACCACAAAACCUCCAAAAUAAAAUGUCAUUUUUUUUCUCCUCGCCCUACUUUCCAAACCCACACACACAAAACCCACCAAAUUUCCCAAAUACCCUACAAACCGAAUUCCUUAACCCCCCAAACUCAACUUUGGAAUUCACUAAAAAAAACGAAAAAAGCACAAAAAAGAACACAUAUCUUCGACCACCAAGGGUACUUCUCCAACAUGCCCACCUAGUACAACAACCGAUGUGGUUUUAUCCCUCAUAUUAGGGCGAUUGGGAGUUUCUAGCUCCGGUGAACAUAGUCUUAGUGGCGAUGGUGGUUAUGGAGGGUACGACGACGAUCAUGGUGCCGAACACUAGGGACAGUGUUUCGAAAAAAGUGUAGGGGAGGCACUCAUUUGGUAUGUACUCAUUUUUUUUACAUUGUAACUUGCAUUAUUUUUCUUCAAAAAAAAACAAAAAAAAAACAAUAAAAGAAAAAAAAAUGCUAGUUAGGUUGAAACCCCCCCAAAAAUGGGCAAUCUAAACAAAAGUGGCUAAAAUGAGUGAGUUGUGAGAAAAAAAAAUAAAAAUAAAAAGAGAGGCUAGGAUGAAAACCUGAAAAAGGUUUCUAGGCAAAAUGAGAGAAUGAGAGAAAAAUAUCUAUUUAUGCAAGAAGAUAAUCAAAAAAAUGUUGGAUGGUUGUUCUGCUACUCUUGUGGUUUUUGAAAAUUUCAUGGACAUGUUUUAAUUUACUCGAGACGAGUAAAGGUUCAAGUGUGAGAGUGUUUGAUAGGCACUAGUUGUUAGUGCCUAAGUAUACAUUUUUAUUAUUGUUUGUAAUGUUUAUUUACUAGUUUUGUGCAAGUUUACAGUUGUUAGUUUGCAUUUGAUUGUAAUCGUAUUUCUAGCAUUUUAUUGUUUGUUGUAAGUUGUAGUUAGUUUGGCUAUAAGUUUAGGAUAUGGUUGGAAGCAAAAAGGAUGAAGAAACCUGAGUUUUGUGCAAAACCCGGUCGGGUGUGGACUUUACCCGGCCGGGUAUGAAGUGACAAAGGAAACUGCUGCAAAACUAGCAAAUACCCGGUCGGGUAUUCCAUAUACCCGGUCGGGUAUGAAGUGAUUUCGGACCAAAGAACGUGCAGAAGACACAAAAACAUGGGAAAAUAUUUGAUUUGGUAAAUACCCGGUCGGGUAUGUCAAAAUACCCGGCCGGGUAUCCGGCAUUAGGUGUUGAAAACACCUAUAAAUAACCCUAUUUUCCUUCACUUUUCAUCAUCCUUUCUUCCAUACUCUUUAGCUCAAUUUAGAAUAGCAUUUCUUUAUAUUUUUCUAGCUAUGUUUAGUCUCCAAAUGAGGAGCUAAACCUCCAUUCUUGGUUUUUCUUAACUUCUUCUCUUGAUUAUUAUUUCUUCCCUUAAUCUCAUUCUAUAUUAAUGUUGGAGGGUUGCUAAGUGACGAUUAGUUAACGUUCCGACAUUAAUUACUACUAGAAACGAUCAACAAAACGAUGGUUAAUCGUUGGUGGUUUCACAAGUAAGUAACUUCGGUUUAUUAAUGCACGGUCGUGGUUAAUAGACUUAAGAGGGAUCAAUUUUGUUGGUUAAACCGAAACCGUUGUGUUAAGGUUAUCAAUCUCAAUUGAUUUCAUCAAGGAGUUAAAAAGAUUGAAUGCUAUAAGUGUUUAGUAUUGAAUUUAUUUUGACGCACCGUGACAAAGUGCUCGUCAAAUUUGGCGCCAUUGCCGAGGAAAGGCAAUUACUUUUCUUUUUGUUUUAUCUCAUAAAAAUCAAAAACAAAAUAUAUAUAUAUAUAUAUAUAUAUAUAUAUAUAUAUAUAUUUAUAUAUAAAAAAAAUCUUGCUCUUCUAUUUUCUGAGCUUACAUGAGUUAUGAGUAUAUGGAUACCAACACUUCAUCCUUGGAGAGUCAAAUUUCCUUCUUGACUUCUCUAAUAAAGGAAUCUAUCUUUAACUCAAAAGCUCAAGAUGUCAAAACAUGCAACAUUUGCAUGUCUCACUGGCAUCUUACGGACUUCUGCCCAAAGCUCCAAGAAGAAUACCUUGCACAAAUUGAUGAUGUACCUCACAUGAGGUAUGAUCCAUUCUCCAACUCUAAUAUGUCCACAGAGGACAUGGUUCGGGCUCUUACUAACAGUGUGACCGCCAUGCAACAAAACAUGAUGCAAUUCCAAAAUGAGACCAAGUCUAGCAUUAUGAACUUGGAAACUCAAAUGAGUCAAAUAGCCGGAGUCGUGAGUAGGCUUGAAGCAAAGGAUUCAGAAAAACCUCCUUCUCAACUAGAAUGUGAUCCUAAACAGCAAACUUUUGCAAUCACAUUGACAAAUGAAGAGGAAAUGCAAAAGGAGAUCCAGAAUCCAAAAGAAGUAGAGGAAGAAAAAGACACGGAGCUCCAACUGGUCAAAGAAGAGGAUAAUCUGAGCUUCAAGGUUAAAUAUCUAUCUUUGUCAUCUUUUGAGGUACCCCCAUCAAUUCUAAUUUUUUUAGGGAAACUCAUAAACUUAGAAAGGACAAUGACAUUUCUGAAAUCCUCUUCAAAAUUGAGGGAUCGAAAAACUUUUCAUUGACCAUAGUAAACGAUAAUUUCUUCCCUUUCCUCCCACCGCAUGAAUCAAUGACAAUUUGGAUAUUUGAUCAUGGAAAGAUUACCAAAUUGAAUAGUCGAGAAGUUGGGCACUCCUAUGAACGUCCUAGGAGUGAAAGUGUGAAAAAGAUAAACUAUCAUGAUCCAAGUUUGAAUGACUGAACACAAUGAUGGCGUCAUGCCGUGACGUUAAAUAAGGCGCUUCUUGGGAGGCAACCCAAGCAAGGUACGUUUACUUGUUUUAUUUUAUCUUUACACCUUUAAAAAAAACUGGGAGGAAAAACCCGCCCGGGUAUAUCCCACACCCGGUCGGGUAACAGCACAAAAGGAUUAUACCCGGGCAACACAACCACCGGGUAAAAAAAAAGCUGAAAAAAAUCAAAAAAUAGCCUAAUACCCGACCGGGUAUUACAAAAACCCGACCGGGUUUUUGGCCAAAACAGCCACUGCCAAGCGAAAAACAGCAUACCCAUUCGGGUAUUACUAAAACCCGGCCGGGUAAUCGGGAUUUCAGUCCGAUUUGGCCCCAAAUCAGCCCACAAAACACCCAUUCUCUUCCCUAAUCUCCCAAACUCAAAUCCUCAACCUCCAUUGACAAUCAUCCACACUUCAAACCACUCCAAUCUCAACCAAAACAUCCAAAUUAACCCCACAUUCUUCUUAUCCACAUCAUCCUCUCCAACCACAAAACCUCCAAAAUAAAAUGUCAUUUUUUUUCUCCUCGCCCUACUUUCCAAACCCACACACACAAAACCCACCAAAUUUCCCAAAUACCCUACAAACCGAAUUCCUUAACCCCCCAAACUCAACUUUGGAAUUCACUAAAAAAAACGAAAAAAGCACAAAAAAGAACACAUAUCUUCGACCACCAAGGGUACUUCUCCAACAUGCCCACCUAGUACAACAACCGAUGUGGUUUUAUCCCUCAUAUUAGGGCGAUUGGGAGUUUCUAGCUCCGGUGAACAUAGUCUUAGUGGCGAUGGUGGUUAUGGAGGGUACGACGACGAUCAUGGUGCCGAACACUAGGGACAGUGUUUCGAAAAAAGUGUAGGGGAGGCACUCAUUUGGUAUGUACUCAUUUUUUUUACAUUGUAACUUGCAUUAUUUUUCUUCAAAAAAAAACAAAAAAAAAACAAUAAAAGAAAAAAAAAUGCUAGUUAGGUUGAAACCCCCCCAAAAAUGGGCAAUCUAAACAAAAGUGGCUAAAAUGAGUGAGUUGUGAGAAAAAAAAAUAAAAAUAAAAAGAGAGGCUAGGAUGAAAACCUGAAAAAGGUUUCUAGGCAAAAUGAGAGAAUGAGAGAAAAAUAUCUAUUUAUGCAAGAAGAUAAUCAAAAAAAUGUUGGAUGGUUGUUCUGCUACUCUUGUGGUUUUUGAAAAUUUCAUGGACAUGUUUUAAUUUACUCGAGACGAGUAAAGGUUCAAGUGUGAGAGUGUUUGAUAGGCACUAGUUGUUAGUGCCUAAGUAUACAUUUUUAUUAUUGUUUGUAAUGUUUAUUUACUAGUUUUGUGCAAGUUUACAGUUGUUAGUUUGCAUUUGAUUGUAAUCGUAUUUCUAGCAUUUUAUUGUUUGUUGUAAGUUGUAGUUAGUUUGGCUAUAAGUUUAGGAUAUGGUUGGAAGCAAAAAGGAUGAAGAAACCUGAGUUUUGUGCAAAACCCGGUCGGGUGUGGACUUUACCCGGCCGGGUAUGAAGUGACAAAGGAAACUGCUGCAAAACUAGCAAAUACCCGGUCGGGUAUUCCAUAUACCCGGUCGGGUAUGAAGUGAUUUCGGACCAAAGAACGUGCAGAAGACACAAAAACAUGGGAAAAUAUUUGAUUUGGUAAAUACCCGGUCGGGUAUGUCAAAAUACCCGGCCGGGUAUCCGGCAUUAGGUGUUGAAAACACCUAUAAAUAACCCUAUUUUCCUUCACUUUUCAUCAUCCUUUCUUCCAUACUCUUUAGCUCAAUUUAGAAUAGCAUUUCUUUAUAUUUUUCUAGCUAUGUUUAGUCUCCAAAUGAGGAGCUAAACCUCCAUUCUUGGUUUUUCUUAACUUCUUCUCUUGAUUAUUAUUUCUUCCCUUAAUCUCAUUCUAUAUUAAUGUUGGAGGGUUGCUAAGUGACGAUUAGUUAACGUUCCGACAUUAAUUACUACUAGAAACGAUCAACAAAACGAUGGUUAAUCGUUGGUGGUUUCACAAGUAAGUAACUUCGGUUUAUUAAUGCACGGUCGUGGUUAAUAGACUUAAGAGGGAUCAAUUUUGUUGGUUAAACCGAAACCGUUGUGUUAAGGUUAUCAAUCUCAAUUGAUUUCAUCAAGGAGUUAAAAAGAUUGAAUGCUAUAAGUGUUUAGUAUUGAAUUUAUUUUGACGCACCGUGACAAAGUGCUCGUCAAAUUUGGCGCCAUUGCCGAGGAAAGGCAAUUACUUUUCUUUUUGUUUUAUCUCAUAAAAAUCAAAAACAAAAUAUAUAUAUAUAUAUAUAUAUAUAUAUAUAUAUAUAUAUAUAUAUAUUUAUAUAUAAAAAAAAUCUUGCUCUUCUAUUUUCUGAGCUUACAUGAGUUAUGAGUAUAUGGAUACCAACACUUCAUCCUUGGAGAGUCAAAUUUCCUUCUUGACUUCUCUAAUAAAGGAAUCUAUCUUUAACUCAAAAGCUCAAGAUGUCAAAACAUGCAACAUUUGCAUGUCUCACUGGCAUCUUACGGACUUCUGCCCAAAGCUCCAAGAAGAAUACCUUGCACAAAUUGAUGAUGUACCUCACAUGAGGUAUGAUCCAUUCUCCAACUCUAAUAUGUCCACAGAGGACAUGGUUCGGGCUCUUACUAACAGUGUGACCGCCAUGCAACAAAACAUGGUGCAAUUCCAAAAUGAGACCAAGUCUAGCAUUAUGAACUUGGAAACUCAAAUGAGUCAAAUAGCCGGAGUCGUGAGUAGGCUUGAAGCAAAGGAUUCAGAAAAACCUCCUUCUCAACUAGAAUGUGAUCCUAAACAGCAAACUUUUGCAAUCACAUUGACAAAUGAAGAGGAAAUGCAAAAGGAGAUCCAGAAUCCAAAAGAAGUAGAGGAAGAAAAAGACACGGAGCUCCAACUGGUCAAAGAAGAGGAUAAUCUGAGCUUCAAGGUUAAAUAUCUAUCUUUGUCAUCUUUUGAGGUACCCCCAUCAAUUCUAAUUUUUUUAGGGAAACUCAUAAACUUAGAAAGGACAAUGACAUUUCUGAAAUCCUCUUCAAAAUUGAGGGAUCGAAAAACUUUUCAUUGACCAUAGUAAACGAUAAUUUCUUCCCUUUCCUCCCACCGCAUGAAUCAAUGACAAUUUGGAUAUUUGAUCAUGGAAAGAUUCCCAAAUUGAAUAGUCGAGAAGUUGGGCACUCCUAUGAACGUCCUAGGAGUGAAAGUGUGAAAAAGAUAAACUAUCAUGAUCCAAGUUUGAAUGACUGAACACAAUGAUGGCGUCAUGCCGUGACGUUAAAUAAGGCGCUUCUUGGGAGGCAACCCAAGCAAGGUACGUUUACUUGUUUUAUUUUAUCUUUACACCUUUAAAAAAAACUGGGAGGAAAAACCCGCCCGGGUAUAUCCCACACCCGGUCGGGUAACAGCACAAAAGGAUUAUACCCGGGCAACACAACCACCGGGUAAAAAAAAAGCUGAAAAAAAUCAAAAAAUAGCCUAAUACCCGACCGGGUAUUACAAAAACCCGACCGGGUUUUUGGCCAAAACAGCCACUGCCAAGCGAAAAACAGCAUACCCAUUCGGGUAUUACUAAAACCCGGCCGGGUAAUCGGGAUUUCAGUCCGAUUUGGCCCCAAAUCAGCCCACAAAACACCCAUUCUCUUCCCUAAUCUCCCAAACUCAAAUCCUCAACCUCCAUUGACAAUCAUCCACACUUCAAACCACUCCAAUCUCAACCAAAACAUCCAAAUUAACCCCACAUUCUUCUUAUCCACAUCAUCCUCUCCAACCACAAAACCUCCAAAAUAAAAUGUCAUUUUUUUUCUCCUCGCCCUACUUUCCAAACCCACACACACAAAACCCACCAAAUUUCCCAAAUACCCUACAAACCGAAUUCCUUAACCCCCCAAACUCAACUUUGGAAUUCACUAAAAAAAAACGAAAAAAGCACAAAAAAGAACACAUAUCUUCGACCACCAAGGGUACUUCUCCAACAUGCCCACCUAGUACAACAACCGAUGUGAUUUUAUCCCUCAUAUUAGGGCGAUUGGGAGUUUCUAGCUCCGGUGAACAUAGUCUUAGUGGCGAUGGUGGUUAUGGAGGGUACGACGACGAUCAUGGUGCCGAACACUAGGGACAGUGUUUCGAAAAAAGUGUAGGGGAGGCACUCAUUUGGUAUGUACUCAUUUUUUUUACAUUGUAACUUGCAUUAUUUUUCUUCAAAAAAAAACAAAAAAAAAAAAACAAUAAAAGAAAAAAAAAUGCUAGUUAGGUUGAAACCCCCCCAAAAAAGGGCAAUCUAAACAAAAGUGGCUAAAAUGAGUGAGUUGUGAGAAAAAAAAAUAAAAAUAAAAAGAGAGGCUAGGAUGAAAACCUGAAAAAGGUUUCUAGGCAAAAUGAGAGAAUGAGAGAAAAAUAUCUAUUUAUGCAAGAAGAUAAUCAAAAAAAUGUUGGAUGGUUGUUCUGCUACUCUUGUGGUUUUUGAAAAUUUCAUGGACAUGUUUUAAUUUACUCGAGACGAGUAAAGGUUCAAGUGUGAGAGUGUUUGAUAGGCACUAGUUGUUAGUGCCUAAGUAUACAUUUUUAUUAUUGUUUGUAAUGUUUAUUUACUAGUUUUGUGCAAGUUUACAGUUGUUAGUUUGCAUUUGAUUGUAAUCGUAUUUCUAGCAUUUUAUUGUUUGUUGUAAGUUGUAGUUAGUUUGGCUAUAAGUUUAGGAUAUGGUUGGAAGCAAAAAGGAUGAAGAAACCUGAGUUUUGUGCAAAACCCGGUCGGGUGUGGACUUUACCCGGCCGGGUAUGAAGUGACAAAGGAAACUGCUGCAAAACUAGCAAAUACCCGGUCGGGUAUUCCAUAUACCCGGUCGGGUAUGAAGUGAUUUCGGACCAAAGAACGUGCAGAAGACACAAAAACAUGGGAAAAUAUUUGAUUUGGUAAAUACCCGGUCGGGUAUGUCAAAAUACCCGGCCGGGUAUCCGGCAUUAGGUGUUGAAAACACCUAUAAAUAACCCUAUUUUCCUUCACUUUUCAUCAUCCUUUCUUCCAUACUCUUUAGCUCAAUUUAGAAUAGCAUUUCUUUAUAUUUUUCUAGCUAUGUUUAGUCUCCAAAUGAGGAGCUAAACCUCCAUUCUUGGUUUUUCUUAACUUCUUCUCUUGAUUAUUAUUUCUUCCCUUAAUCUCAUUCUAUAUUAAUGUUGGAGGGUUGCUAAGUGACGAUUAGUUAACGUUCCGACAUUAAUUACUACUAGAAACGAUCAACAAAACGAUGGAUAAUCGUUGGUGGUUUCACAAGUAAGUAACUUCGGUUUAUUAAUGCACGGUCGUGGUUAAUAGACUUAAGAGGGAUCAAUUUUGUUGGUUAAACCGAAACCGUUGUGUUAAGGUUAUCAAUCUCAAUUGAUUUCAUCAAGGAGUUAAAAAGAUUGAAUGCUAUAAGUGUUUAGUAUUGAAUUUAUUUUGACGCACCGUGACAAAGUGCUCGUCAAAUUUGGCGCCAUUGCCGAGGAAAGGCAAUUACUUUUCUUUUUGUUUUAUCUCAUAAAAAUCAAAAACAAAAUAUAUAUAUAUAUAUAUAUAUAUAUAUUUAUAUAUAAAAAAAAUCUUGCUCUUCUAUUUUCUGAGCUUACAUGAGUUAUGAGUAUAUGGAUACCAACACUUCAUCCUUGGAGAGUCAAAUUUCCUUCUUGACUUCUCUAAUAAAGGAAUCUAUCUUUAACUCAAAAGCUCAAGAUGUCAAAACAUGCAACAUUUGCAUGUCUCACUGGCAUCUUACGGACUUCUGCCCAAAGCUCCAAGAAGAAUACCUUGCACAAAUUGAUGAUGUACCUCACAUGAGGUAUGAUCCAUUCUCCAACUCUAAUAUGUCCACAGAGGACAUGGUUCGGGCUCUUACUAACAGUGUGACCGCCAUGCAACAAAACAUGGUGCAAUUCCAAAAUGAGACCAAGUCUAGCAUUAUGAACUUGGAAACUCAAAUGAGUCAAAUAGCCGGAGUCGUGAGUAGGCUUGAAGCAAAGGAUUCAGAAAAACCUCCUUCUCAACUAGAAUGUGAUCCUAAACAGCAAACUUUUGCAAUCACAUUGACAAAUGAAGAGGAAAUGCAAAAGGAGAUCCAGAAUCCAGAAGAAGUAGAGGAAGAAAAAGACACGGAGCUCCAACUGGUCAAAGAAGAGGAUAAUCUGAGCUUCAAGGUUAAAUAUCUAUCUUUGUCAUCUUUUGAGGUACCCCCAUCAAUUCUAAUUUUUUUAGGGAAACUCAUAAACUUAGAAAGGACAAUGACAUUUCUGAAAUCCUCUUCAAAAUUGAGGGAUCGAAAAACUUUUCAUUGACCAUAGUAAACGAUAAUUUCUUCCCUUUCCUCCCACCGCAUGAAUCAAUGACAAUUUGGAUAUUUGAUCAUGGAAAGAUUCCCAAAUUGAAUAGUCGAGAAGUUGGGCACUCCUAUGAACGUCCUAGGAGUGAAAGUGUGAAAAAGAUAAACUAUCAUGAUCCAAGUUUGAAUGACUGAACACAAUGAUGGCGUCAUGCCGUGACGUUAAAUAAGGCGCUUCUUGGGAGGCAACCCAAGCAAGGUACGUUUACUUGUUUUAUUUUAUCUUUACACCUUUAAAAAAAACUGGGAGGAAAAACCCGCCCGGGUAUAUCCCACACCCGGUCGGGUAACAGCACAAAAGGAUUAUACCCGGGCAACACAACCACCGGGUAAAAAAAAAGCUGAAAAAAAUCAAAAAAUAGCCUAAUACCCGACCGGGUAUUACAAAAACCCGACCGGGUUUUUGGCCAAAACAGCCACUGCCAAGCGAAAAACAGCAUACCCAUUCGGGUAUUACUAAAACCCGGCCGGGUAAUCGGGAUUUCAGUCCGAUUUGGCCCCAAAUCAGCCCACAAAACACCCAUUCUCUUCCCUAAUCUCCCAAACUCAAAUCCUCAACCUCCAUUGACAAUCAUCCACACUUCAAACCACUCCAAUCUCAACCAAAACAUCCAAAUUAACCCCACAUUCUUCUUAUCCACAUCAUCCUCUCCAACCACAAAACCUCCAAAAUAAAAUGUCAUUUUUUUUCUCCUCGCCCUACUUUCCAAACCCACACACACAAAACCCACCAAAUUUCCCAAAUACCCUACAAACCGAAUUCCUUAACCCCCCAAACUCAACUUUGGAAUUCACUAAAAAAAACGAAAAAAGCACAAAAAAGAACACAUAUCUUCGACCACCAAGGGUACUUCUCCAACAUGCCCACCUAGUACAACAACCGAUGUGGUUUUAUCCCUCAUAUUAGGGCGAUUGGGAGUUUCUAGCUCCGGUGAACAUAGUCUUAGUGGCGAUGGUGGUUAUGGAGGGUACGACGACGAUCAUGGUGCCGAACACUAGGGACAGUGUUUCGAAAAAAGUGUAGGGGAGGCACUCAUUUGGUAUGUACUCAUUUUUUUUACAUUGUAACUUGCAUUAUUUUUCUUCAAAAAAAAACAAAAAAAAAAACAAUAAAAGAAAAAAAAUGCUAGUUAGGUUGAAACCCCCCCAAAAAUGGGCAAUCUAAACAAAAGUGGCUAAAAUGAGUGAGUUGUGAGAAAAAAAAUAAAAAUAAAAAGAGAGGCUAGGAUGAAAACCUGAAAAAGGUUUCUAGGCAAAAUGAGAGAAUGAGAGAAAAAUAUCUAUUUAUGCAAGAAGAUAAUCAAAAAAAUGUUGGAUGGUUGUUCUGCUACUCUUGUGGUUUUUGAAAAUUUCAUGGACAUGUUUUAAUUUACUCGAGACGAGUAAAGGUUCAAGUGUGAGAGUGUUUGAUAGGCACUAGUUGUUAGUGCCUAAGUAUACAUUUUUAUUAUUGUUUGUAAUGUUUAUUUACUAGUUUUGUGCAAGUUUACAGUUGUUAGUUUGCAUUUGAUUGUAAUCGUAUUUCUAGCAUUUUAUUGUUUGUUGUAAGUUGUAGUUAGUUUGGCUAUAAGUUUAGGAUAUGGUUGGAAGCAAAAAGGAUGAAGAAACCUGAGUUUUGUGCAAAACCCGGUCGGGUGUGGACUUUACCCGGCCGGGUAUGAAGUGACAAAGGAAACUGCUGCAAAACUAGCAAAUACCCGGUCGGGUAUUCCAUAUACCCGGUCGGGUAUGAAGUGAUUUCGGACCAAAGAACGUGCAGAAGACACAAAAACAUGGGAAAAUAUUUGAUUUGGUAAAUACCCGGUCGGGUAUGUCAAAAUACCCGGCCGGGUAUCCGGCAUUAGGUGUUGAAAACACCUAUAAAUAACCCUAUUUUCCUUCACUUUUCAUCAUCCUUUCUUCCAUACUCUUUAGCUCAAUUUAGAAUAGCAUUUCUUUAUAUUUUUCUAGCUAUGUUUAGUCUCCAAAUGAGGAGCUAAACCUCCAUUCUUGGUUUUUCUUAACUUCUUCUCUUGAUUAUUAUUUCUUCCCUUAAUCUCAUUCUAUAUUAAUGUUGGAGGGUUGCUAAGUGACGAUUAGUUAACGUUCCGACAUUAAUUACUACUAGAAACGAUCAACAAAACGAUGGUUAAUCGUUGGUGGUUUCACAAGUAAGUAACUUCGGUUUAUUAAUGCACGGUCGUGGUUAAUAGACUUAAGAGGGAUCAAUUUUGUUGGUUAAACCGAAACCGUUGUGUUAAGGUUAUCAAUCUCAAUUGAUUUCAUCAAGGAGUUAAAAAGAUUGAAUGCUACUAUUAUAUCGGUAUACGGCGUUGUUCUAUAUUUGAUUAAUAGUAAGAGUUAUUAAUGAACGGUCGUUGUUAAUAACUACCCUCGAUGAAUUGGAGAUACUCCUCGAUUGAGUAUUCGAGAGGAGAUAAGUUGUAGAUAUAACAAGGAUCGACUAAAAUAUAUCAACAAGUGGAAAGUAGCAAAGCCAAGUCUCUUUUAUUCUUGAAUUAAACACAUAUAGGUUGUUCAUCUUAGUUUCUAAAUUGAAUUAAAUCACUCAAAACCAAAACCCCCCUUUUAAUUACUAGUUUCAUAAAAAGAAAAUCAUUCCUUUCCCUGUGGAUACGAACUCUACUACGAUAUACUACGUAUAAGUGUUUAGUAUUGAAUUUAUUUUGACGCACCGUGACAAAGUGCUCGUCACCACAUAAGUGGCCUUUGGAAGUGCGUGGUCUGGCAGUUCAUUGAGCCUAAUACAUGUAGCCCGCAUAAGGCCAACUCAUACUUCUAUGUUGAAGUUGUAUGUGAAUGAUAAAACCUUCCGACAUACAAUCUGUCAAACACAUGUCUUAACCUUGUGGACAACAAUAUACAAAUUAAGACUUAAUUCUGCCAAAUAUUUCCAUUUCAUUACAUAUCUUCAUGACAUACUUCCUCCGUUCUUUAAUAGUUGCAACAGUUUGACUUUCACGUUUGCCAAUGCACAACUUUGACUUUAAUUAUAUCUAAUUACGUAUUAGUAAAAAUUAUAAAAAAGUUAAUAUUUUGAAAAUUCACAUCAAUAGAAAUUUAAUGACAUUUUAUACAUAAUAAUUUGAUUUUAUAUAUUAAUAGAAAAUCGUGGUCAAAGUAAGGUGUGUGAAUAGUGCAAAUAUCCUAAUGUUGCAACUUUUAAGAAACGGAGGAAGUAUGUCUUAACAUUACAUAUCAUCGAUAAAUAUUACUGCCAAAAUCCAAAAACUAACUUGCAUUACAUAUUUAACUUUCCAUGCAUUACUGAUAUUACAUUUAUAUGCACCGAGAACAAUUGUCAUGCUAUGUUCAUCCAAUCAAAAGACAUGCCCACAAUCAGGUAAUAAUUGAAGUACUUCCCAUUGAGUGUUACGUUAUAGUGCGUCCAGAUCUUCUAGGUAAUAGAUGGCAUGCAUGUACCCAUUCAGAACCAUCUUUGCAUAAGAGGUUCCUAUUAGGUACUUUCUUGUUUACAGGCACCAUGCAGUAAAAAUGACUUAAAUUUGCAUGACACCAAAAGCAUGGUUCCAACAAAAAGCCAACAGAAUGUAGUCCACAUGCAUGACAUUUUUGUGAAUUGCAUGUAGUACAUGAACAACAUAUCAUCUUAAAUAGGAAGUUAAGAAAUGUGAUCAGAAAUAAUCUUUUUCUUCAUCAAAGGAGUAUAAUUUUUCUCUUUAAGCUUGGUUAUUUUGAUCAAGAGUUUUCCAAAUAACUGAAUAUUAUUUCUUAUUUCUUAUCUAAUCAGUUGGUUAUUCAAAUCUAAUUUGGAAACAUAACUCUGCACCAUUUCAGACCUAAUUUUCUUUUGUAAAUAAAAUUUUUGUAGGUAACUGUAUGAAAUAAAUUGUGAGUCCAAAGAUAAAUUUGUAAAAUGCAUAAAGGGUCUUUAUUGAUCAUCAAAAAAAUUCUUCACAUAACUUUUCACAUAAUUGCAUAUAUCAUUUUAGGAAAUGUAUUUGAAACAUACCUCUGUAGUAUGAAAGAAUAACCCAUAACAGACUUUAUUGUUGUUGUUAUGCAAAAUUCUUCUCUGUAUGUCAGCCCAGUGUAAAUGCGGUUGUUGAGUUCAUAAAUGAGUUGAGCUCAUAAAUGAUGAAGAGCCGAUUGUAAAUGCUUUUAAACCUGUAUAUAUGCUGUCCAAUGGUACAUGUUCUGUUCUCAAUGGUAUUUCAAUUAUUUUAUUGAGCAGACUCUAUAACCACCCUACUUGUCCUGUGGAUAUGUAAUGAUGGUAAGACAUUAAUGUUUUGAGAGCUGCACCAUUGAAUUAUUACGUGUUUUUAAAAUAUACAUUUAAUAGUACAUUGGAUUAGUUGCUAUUUUGAGAGAAAUGAUGUUUUAGUACAUUGCAUUAAAUGCUUUUUCUUUAGCCCAUAACUGUCCAGUUUUUUAUUAAGUGUGGAUUUAUAUUCCUAAUGCUAGGCUUGGUAAUUUAAAUAUAAAAUACCUCGUCUAGCAUACUCAGGAAGAAAAAGAAUUGCUAAAAAAUUUGAAGUGCUAUGUGGCAUAGAUUAUUUUUCCUUUGUAACAUACAUCUGUUUAUUAGUUAAUCCUAACUAUAAGUAUACUGCGCUUUUUACUUAUAGCACAUACAGAUUGAAGUUUUAAUUGCAAAAUAAUUUGAAAAAAAUUGAUUUUUUUUUAAACUGUAUAAAAUUUGUACUGCGGUACAAUUAUUUUAAAUAUUUGAAGCCCCUGAUUUGUAGAUGCCUUUUUUUAAAACCAAAUGCCACAGGUUGCACUUCAAGUAAUAUUAGCAAACAUUAUAUAUGUAUUUACGUAGCAAAACAUAUAUUAAUUUUUAUAUAUAUGUAUACACAGACUAAUUUGAUGAAUAUUUGUGUAUAUAUGUUUAUAUAUAUAGAUAUGUCAAGAUGUUGUAGCCAUCAAUGCUUUAUAUACUAAAUUAAUAUUUUCAGUAAUUUCCUAAUAUGAACUAUAAUUAAAAUAACAUGUACUGUUACCAUUUAAA